AUGCUGGACUUUCAACAUGUCAAGAAUGUCACUUGCAGGAGCAUCGUAGACUCCCCCCAUGCUACUAAGGCGGUUGUGUGUAUUUCGGCCGACUCGAACACCAUAGCUGCAUACAAGGCACACACUCACCAUCAUAUAUCAUCUGCGCCCGUGGUUGAUCCAGAUACGGGCGUUAUAUGUGGGAUGCUGGACUAUGUCGAUCUUGCCGAUUUUUUGCUUCACAAAGGCGUGGACGGCCUCCAACUCGAAGCCACGGCCCGUACGCUUGUCGAUCGAUCAAUGAAAGAUCCCUUCUAUUCGACCGGCAUUGAUUCGCCCAUUCUAAAUGCCAUUGAGGUGUUGGGGAUGGGAAUCCAUCGCAUUGUGCUUAUGAAUGACGCUAUUUCCAAAACGGACAUUCCAAAGCCUUCCGAAAGGAUUUGCGGCGUUUUGUCGCAAUCGGAUCUUCUUCGUUGGAUCCUCAAAGAGCAGCAGGGAAAGCGGGACAACGACUUUCUAUUGCCCCUUUCCCAUUUAAUCAAAAUUACAUACCCCGCUGUUAGCGUUAACCCCAGCGAACUAUUAAUUGAGGCAAUUAGGAAAAUGAGGGUCAACUCUGUCUCCUCCGUUGCCGUGGUCGAGAAAAACAAUCUGAUCGUCGGGCAUCUCUCGGCAUCGGACUUGCAAUACUUGAUCUUCAAAAAGGAUCCGAAAAGCUUCUUAUUUCAGCCGGUGCUACCUUUUAUUUCAAUGGUACUAUCUGAAAUCGGCAUAUCCAGAGGAGGGGACAGGUAUCCGUAUUACGAUGUUUACGAAGACACGCCGCUAAUAAAUGUGAUUGAGAAGCUUUUGGCCACCAGUACUCAUCGCGUGUGGGUGGUGGAAAAUCCCGCAACUUCUCCAAACAGGGCUGGUUCUGCACAUCCAAAGCUUUUGGGUGUCGUUUCGAUGACCGAUAUUAUUGAUGGGGUUUUCAAGCCCAAGUCCGGUCACGAAUAUUAG